AUGGCUCUUUCUCAACACCACUUUCAACAGCACUACCAACCCCAACAACAACAACAAUCUUCUAAGUCUUUCAGAAAUUUGUACACAAUCGACGGUCAUAUGACGCCGGCGAUGGCCUAUUACGACCCCAGCACUUUACAAGAUCACUCGCAGCAUCCCCCUUAUGUUCCACCCUUUCAUGUAGUAGGGUUUGCACCCGGUCCAGUCGCUGCAACAGACGGCAGUGAUAAUGGAGCUGAUUUGCAAUGGCAAUAUGGCUUCGAAUCCAAAAGGAAAAAACUCAAGGAACAGGAUUUCUUGGAGAACAACUCACAGAUAUCGUCUGUUGAGUUACUGCAACCGAGAUCAGUCUCCACGGGCUUGGGUUUGUCCCUUGACAAUACUAGAAUGGCUUCUACCGGGGACUCGGCAUUGCUGUCACUCAUCGGGGAUGACGUGGAUCAUGAGCUACAACGACAGGAUGCUGAGAUUGAUAGGUUCCUCAAGGCUCAGGGUGACCGAUUGCGGCAAAAUAUCCUGGAGAAGGUCCAAGCUACCCAACUUCAGACUCUCUCGGUUGUAGAAGAAAAAGUCCUUCAGAAGCUGCGAGAGAAAGAAGCAGAAGUGGAGAGCAUUAACAAGAAGAAUAUGGAGCUUGAAGAACGAAUGGAACAGUUGACUGUUGAAGCAGGUGCUUGGCAACAACUAGCCAGACGCAACGAAAACAUGAUAUCAUCUCUAAGGUUCAGUCUUCAGCAUGUAUAUGCUCAAAGUAGAGAUAGUAAAGAAGGAUGUGGUGACAGUGAGGUAGAUGAUACAGCUUCUUGCUGCAAUGGCCGUACCCUCAAUUUUGAUAUGUUUUGCAAGGAGAACAAUGACGUGAAAGAGAUGAUGACUUGCAAGGCCUGCAGAGUCAAUGAAGUGUGCAUGCUUCUAUUACCUUGUAAGCAUCUUUGCCUAUGUAAAGAUUGUGAAAGUAAGCUCAGCCUUUGUCCUCUGUGUCAGUCCUCUAAGUUUAUCGGCAUGGAGGUAUAUUUGUAA